ACUGACCAAUCAUAAUUUCCCCUUCCAAUUUUUUUUUAAGUUCUCAGUCACCAUUUUCCCUUCUAUAAAUGACGCCAACCCACGUUCCACAGACCCUCCCUCUUCCUUAACAACAUUCAAGAUUUUGCUCCUUUUGUCUCUCUGUUUCCUGACUCAAAAUUCUGCAGAGUUUAAUUGUCAGUAUUGAAGAAAAAAUGGAGGAACUUGGUUCUUUGUGGGGCUAUGAGAUGGUUGAGAGCUUUGAUGAGUUGCAGCAGAAACUACACAGCAAAACAGUUGAACUUGAGCAAAUGAAGGAAUCUAUGAAGAAAUUAAUGAACAUGUUGACCAUGGCUUGCCAAGAACGAGAUGAAGCAAAGGAUCUGCUUCGGAAGAUCUUAACCAAAGGAAUGAUCCCUUCUGGAAAUCAAACUGAAUUGUUGUCCAGUCUGGUUCAAUUCCAACCUGAUAGUCCACUUCUGAUGCCAACAACCAAAGCAAACUCAAGCAUUACUGAAUCCAACAGCUUGUCUGAAACAUAUAACUAUCAUUCCCAGAAUUCAUCCCCUGGUGAUUGCUUCUUUGACAAUGUCUCAUCCCCUGAAUUGUCAAACAUGAAUAUGGGUGAUUCAAGCAGCAUCCCAUAUGUCAAACCAUCAUUGAUUCAGGAUCGCAAAGUUCCAAUCAUCCCCAACAACAACAACAACAACAACAACAUAGUCCCAUCUGGUUUACCAAAACCUGAUCAUGCCUCUUUGGUGAUUGACAGUCUUGCUAAGGGGAAAGAUCUUCCUCCUAAAGGGAUGCUCUUAAAGUCAGUCAUUGAAGCAGGGCCGCUCCUUCAUAAUCUUCUUGUUGCCGGUCCGCUUCCCCGGUGGCGUAAUCCUCCACAGCUUCAGACAUUCAACAUUCCUCCUGUUUCACUCAAAGGUUGUGAAGCUGACAUUGUGAAAAUGAAAUCCAAGGCAAAUAUCGGCCCCAUGGCUUCUUCCACACCGAUGAUGAACUCGAGGCCGUACUCCGAAAUGUCAUGCGCAUCCUCACAAAUGCUUUCAACUUCCGUGUUGAACUUUGCUUAUGGACCCUCUGGAUCAUUUCUUGGUAGUGAUAGGUUGAUUUCUGCUGGAACAAAUGCAAACUGUUUUGUUUCAUUGGGCAAAAGGCAGAGGUUCUGACUAAUUUCGGAGGAGAUCAUCUAUGACUCCAAUUUUUGUAUAAAUGAGAUUUGCGGUGGUGUAAAUGGGAUACAGUUUUAUUGAUUUCAGAGAUAGCAUUUUUGCUUUAGGUCAAAUAAUCCAAUCCAAUCCUUUUUGCUUGCGUUUUUUGGUUUUCUCUUUUAUCUUCUUCCAACUUGAUUAACUGGAAGGCCAUUUGCUUCUCGUAAUCAAGGAUACUUGUCUGUUUACAUUGUGUUUCCCA